AGUAUUGAAUUAAAAUACAUUUGCGAGAAAUUUAUUCAAAAAGAAAAAGAAAAGUGUCUCAACCCUCCUCAAAUAUUGAAUGAUACAAUAUUUGGUAAAUUUUUAGACAAGCCUGAGAAAUUGCAAGAAUUAACAAAUCAAAUGUUAAGAGUAUUAACAAAACGCCCUGAUUAUAUGGUUAUUGCUCAAAUAAAUAACAAGGAAGUUGAAAUUGGAUAUCUUGAAACAGGACAGGUAAUGUCAACUAUCUCAACAUCAUCGGCUAUGUCAGUCGAUUCAUCAACAACUACUGUCGCAUCGCCAUCACAUUACUCAUCUUCAUCGAAAAAAAGAAAGUCUAGAAACAAUAAAAAAUAA